AGACCAUGUCCGCCGUCAGCCGGCCGCAGUCCGUGGUGUCCUUAUAUCAACUCAAUAUUCAAUGAAAUAGAAUUAUUCCUGGGCCUGGAGAAUGGCCAGCUCGGGUGCAGUUCAGGUGAAGCUGGAGCUCGGCCACCGCGCUCAGGUCCGCAAGAAACCCACCGCGGAGGGCUUCACUCACGACUGGAUGGUGUUCGUCCGCGGGCCGGAGCACACCAACAUCCAGCACUUUGUGGAGAAAGUGGUCUUUCAUCUGCACGAAAGUUUCCCUAAACCAAAAAGAGUGUGCAAGGAUCCACCAUAUAAAGUGGAGGAGUCUGGAUACGCCGGCUUCAUCCUGCCUAUUGAAGUUUACUUCAAAAACAAGGAGGAGCCAAAAAAGGUGCGCUUUGACUACGAUCUGUUCCUGCACUUGGAGGGUCACCCCCCUGUCAAUCACCUUCGCUGUGAGAAGCUAACCUUCAAUAACCCCACAGAGGAGUUCCGCAGAAAGCUGCUCAAGGCCGGAGGGCAACGAGAUCCUCACAAAAGAAGUUCGGAGGACUCUAAAGUAAUGGUCAUGCAAGAGGGCUCUACAUCUCUAUUUGGUCAGCACUUGAAGCUGCCCACUUUACCUAGCAGCUCACUGACACUCUUUUCCGAUGGCAAAAAGAACAAGUCCUUUCCCAGUUCCAAGGACGGGUCCAAAAGCAGCAGUGCCCUCACCAUCACCACCACCACCAACAGCAUCAGCAGCAGCUCUCUCAAGCUGCCAAAGCCAUCUAAGGAACACAAAGACAAGCCUUCCAAAGACUCGAAAGAGUCCAAAAGUGCCUUUAGAGACUCCAGCAGGGACUCUGGCAAAGUCUCCAAAGACUCGCUGAAAAAACCCAAAGAGAACCAGCCGCUACGGGAUGAACAGUCCAUCCCUAAGAUGGGUUUUAAAGAGCCCAAAGCCAUGUCUAAAGAACACCGACCUACUGAGGUUAGUUUCUCAAGCUUGGGUCACAAUAAACGGAGGCCCGUGUUGGAUGAAGACAGCCAUGGUACCAAAAAAAGGAAAAGUGGGUUUUCUGAGUCAUCGCAGAAGCUGCAGGCCGGGUCAAACUUGCUUCAGCAUCACCACUUGGAUAAAAAGGUUGUAAAGGACAAAUCGCAAGUCCAGCAUGCUAAGUUACGGAAUAACGAGCUGCCUGACAGGAGGAAGGUAUCCACGUUGCCUCCUUUUCAGGAUGUCGUGGACCCAAAUGACUCGGACAUGGAUGAUAACAUUUCUAAUAAAUCUGAUUCAGAGCAGCCCAGUCCAGCCAGCUCGAGCUCCAGUACAAGUUCAGGCUACAGACCCACACAUAAGCGACAAGUGCUGGGUCCUUUACAGACGGUAAUUCCAGAUUUGCACUCAGAUGAUCAUGAAGAUGAGUCAGAGGAGGAUGAGGAUAAUGACAUGGACUCAGACAUGGAGCGACCUCUACAUACACACAUGACUCAUCGCCAUCGCAGGGUGAGUCUGAGUGAUGGUAGUGAAAGUGAGAAUAGCUUCACCUCAUCACCCCUCCAUCAUAAUGAAGUGCCGCCUCUCCUGAAGUCCAGCAAUAACCAGAUCCUAGAUGUAAAGAGUCCCAUACGGCAUGGAAAAGUUGACAAGAACAAGAACAUUGAUUGUGACAAGGCUUACUUGGAUGAAUUGGUGGAGCUCCACAGAAGACUGAUGGCACUGAGAGAGAGACACAUAUUGCAGCAGAUUGUAAACCUAAUCGAAGAAACUGGACAUUUUCACAUCACAAACACAACCUUUGACUUUGACCUUUGCUCGCUGGACAAAACAACCGUUCGAAAGCUGCAGAGCUACCUGGAAACCACUGGAGCAUCUUGAAGACCAAUGCAGCUAGCUGCCGAGAGCAGCGAAACCAGACCUUCUGAUUGUGCUCGUCCUCCUUUUGCUCUCAGUCAACUUGUGUGGCAUUGUUUUGGAUCAGCUCUAUCUAAAGGAGCUCAUUUCUUCGCUGUUGUGCCUCAGAGACGGACGUCAGAUUUUUCCUGUCCAGCAGGAUUUCACCUGAAAAGCCUUGAAAAGUCCACCAUUGCCAAAAAAGGGAAUCUCAAUAUAAUUUAUGCGGCAAAAAAAACCAAUGAGCAUAUUGUUACUAUGUAUGAAUGAGGUUUUGUUCUUUUGUAUGUGAUGAAUGUGUGUCCACACUGCCUUACACCAUUGUCUAUUUAUUAAGUUCAAGUUGAAAUUGUGUGGCUGUAAGAGCAAAUAUUAAACUUGUGCAGGAACUUGGAGCUGAUAAUCUUAUUGGUGCUUUAGAUUUGCUCACCAAAUCUAACAAUGACAUCUAUUUCUCAGUGUGAUAGGAAAAAAAAUCA